AUGGCAGGCGAUCACAUCUGCGGCUGCUAUGUCGUGUCCAACUACAAACGACGAUACCUGCCACAGUGCAAGCUGACGUCUCACACCACCAUCAACCCAGUCUGCUACACAACACAACUCACACAAGUCUUUCGGAAUGCAAGCCAAGAAGAUCUUCCCGAGGCCAGGUACACAUUCCCGCUGUACGAUGGCGUUGCAGUCAGCGGAUAUACCAUCACCUACGGGGGCAAGUCAAUCACUGGCGUGGUCAAGCAAAAAGACGAUGCGAAGAAAACGUACGAAGCAGCCCUGUCCAGAGGGGAAACCGCCGGUCUACUGGAGAGCCUGCCUGCUGGCGUCUUUGGCGUCACACUAGCGAACAUACGCGCAGGAACCGAUAUAACUGUGGACAUCAUGUACUGCGGUGAACUCAAGCACGAUGCUGCAAUCGACGGACUGCGAUACAACUUGCCCACUAGCAUUGCUCCACGAUAUGGUGAUUACCCAGGCGAGGUCAUGCAGUCGAACACCAGCAUCGAUGGUGGCAUCCGCAUCACGGUCGAUGUUGACAUGGGAAAAUCUGCUGUACGAAAAGUGCAGUCGCCCAGCCAUCCGAUCGCAGUCUCAAUGGGCGGACUGUCCACAGGUGAUCAAGCUCAACAGGCGCCUUUCCAACCUUCGCAAGCAUCAGCAACCUUGACCCAGGGCAACACUGAACUUUCCGGCGACUUCGUACUACAGCUGCUUAUCGACGACAUGAAGAAGCCACAGGCCAUCCUUGAGACACACCCCUUACUACCUGGUCAGCGAGCGAUCAUGACUACUCUGGUUCCGAACUUCGUCUUGGAACCGGCCCAUCCUGAGCUGGUGUUCAUUGCCGAUCAGUCUGGCAGCAUGUCAGGCGCGAAGAACACAAGUCUCGUCGCAGCGCUGAAAGUAUUCAUCAAGUCAAUGCCGCUGGGCGUUCGCUUCAACAUCUGCGCAUUUGGAAACUCCUACAAGUUCCUCUGGCCUCAGUCACAAGCCUACAGCGAGAAGCAUGUGGACGAGGCUCUCGCGUUUGUCAACACGUUUGCAGCAAGCUGUGGUGGUACACAAAUUCUGGAGCCGAUUCGGGAAGCAUUCAAGAGACGCCUCCAGGACCUGCCACUUGAAGUCAUGCUUCUGACAGACGGCGAGAUCUGGGAUGAAAAGGCUGUGUUCGGCUACAUCAACGAGCAAGUGAAGGACAAGGCUGUUGACGGGAGGGUGUUCGCUCUGGGUAUCGGACAAGAUGUGUCGCACACCCUGGUCGAAGGCGUCGCCCGUGCUGGUAAUGGCUUUGCACAGUUUGUCACGCAGAAUGAGGAGAUUGAUCAGAAGGUGAUCCGAAUGCUGAAAGGAAGUUUGUAUGCUCACACGAAGGACUACGAGCUGGAAGUGCACUACGACACCGCGGAUGAUUUCGAAAUGGUGGAGAGAGUUCGCGAUUGUCUGGAAGUGGCUGAGCAGCGCGACGAGGCGAAGCCUGCUCCAUCGAAAGCCAUUUCGUUCUUCGACACGGCCGCUAAUCCAGAUACCACAGCCGAGAAGACUGACGGAGACCGCUACGCACACCUUCCCAAGCUCGAAACGCCCAAGGCUCUGCAAGCUCCAGUCGAUGUUCCUCCUCUGUUUCCCUUCAACAGAACUACUGUCUACGUCCUUCUAGGACCGGACUCGCCAGAACAGGAUGUCGUCUCCCUGACACUUCGCGCGACAGCACCCCAGGGACCAAUCGAGCUGAACAUUCCUAUUCAGGGAAGGCAGUCUGGUGUCAGUAUUCACACCCUAGCUGCAAGAAAGGUGAUCCAGGAUCUAGAACAAGGUCGCGGCUGGCUCAACAAUGCUUCCAGCGGUGGCAAGCCCUUGAAAGUGGCCUACGAGAGCCGCUUCGAUGAGAUGGUCGAGCGAGAAGCUGUACGUUUGGGUGAGCGGUUCCAGAUAGCAGGCAAGUGGACUUCUUUCGUAGCUGUGCAGGAGAACUCGGAAGAGCAGGCACCAAGCUUGGAAAGACCUGCGGCACCACCCGUGGAGCUUCGACGUAUGAGGAUGAUGGCGGCACCGUCUUCUACCUCGCAGAGCUUCAAAAAGACGGCCAGAAUGACGACAGGAGGAACUGCUCCUAGAAGAUCCAUGGGCAACGCACCCUCUGGAGGUUUCGGACUCAUGUCUCCAGGUGGUGGUGGUGGUGGUGGUGGUGCACUUUUCAGCCGUACUUCCAGUGCUUCCACAGGAGCUGGAGGAUCGCAGGCUGGACAGUCACUACAAGACUAUCAAGGUGGACUCAUGCUACUGGAGCAACAGAACAAGAGUCGGAAGAUCAUGAGUCAAGGCAGCGCUUUGGCUGCUGCUGCUUCCGCUCCUGUCAGGUGGGCAUCUCCUAAUGAGGAGUGCGAGGAAGAAGACGAGGAUAUGGCAUUCGGUCUCUUCGACGACGGUCCUCCCAACCCAGGUUUCGCUCCUUCUGGAGCCACAGCCGCCCUCAACUACAAGGAGAACGAGGACGAAAGCCUUGGCCUGUUCGGCUCACCCCUUCAACCCAAGCCCGCUCCCAGCGGUGAUACACUACAUCGUAUCAUCAGUCUCCAGAAAUUCUCGGGCGCAUGGAGUUGGCAGAAGGAGAUCUUUGACCUGAUCGUGGUCGACUGCAACAAGAUUGAUCUGCAGCUUCCCGGGGUCGAUAAGGAUGUGACAGCUACAGCGCUCGUUGUGGCUUUUCUGGAGAAGCAGAUGGGUAGUAGGAAGGAUGUUUGGGAGAUGGUGGUGGCGAAGGCGAGGGCUUGGUUGCGAGGUCAAGGAGUUGAGGUGGAUGAGAACGAGUACGCCACUACAUCUCCCAACGCCGUCGGCAUCGACAGCGCCAAGCUGAACGCCGCUCUCGGCUACGCAGCCGUGCAAGGCUCCUCUUCCGUCAAAGUCUUCCGUAACGGCUGUCUAGUCGGGCAAGGCUUCCGCGACAUCUUGCAAGAGCGAGUCCCCGAGCUCAACGCAGGCCAGACCAAGGCUGUAGUCGCACUAAUCGCCGGCAUCGCCGCGGAUCGUGGACGGAUCAAUAUCAAUGCCCCCAUUGACCGGUAUUUCAUGAACUUGGUCUCGGGCGUGCAAGUCAACCACAUUCAAGGCCUGAACCAGGUCGCAGACAUUUCGAGGAUGAGGGAGUAUUUUGCGCAGAAGCUUGUGCAUCCUGCUGGCGAGUACUACGAGUUUGAUGAGACGACGCCGUCGGUCGUUGUGUACUGCAUUGAGCGCGUCGUUGAGGCCAAGGGAUAUGCGGAUUUUCAGAACUUUGCGCAGAAAGAGCUGUUCAACAAGCUAGGCAUCCCCGAAAGCGCGUACUUCUGGCAGAAAGAUCGAUCUGGCGUUACGACGGGAUACUCUGGUCUUUGGCUUCGUCCGCUGGAAUAUGGGCGGCUGGGCUUGUUGCUGCUGAAUAAUGGGACUUUCGGUGGACGGCGAAUCCUGUCACAGGCUUUUAUCGAGGAAGCGAGGAAGGGGACCAGUGCCAAUUGUGAGUUUGGUCUACUUGGGACAAAUACUUUCGUCAUUCCAAGCCUGGACAUGGUCAUCAGUCGUGUCGGCUACCAGGAGCUAGAUACCCUUCCAGGCGCCACCAACGGCGAUCUCCAUGGCGCAUUCCCAGGCAACGCGGGCGGGCCAGGUAAUCAUGAGUUCUUCCGACUGCUGAUGGCUUCAAUCACCAAUAUCCGUGCCAACGUUGCAGCGACGAUACAGAACUCAGGUCCGUACGAUAGGCCUGCGUCGGAGAGAGUUGACCUGGAGCCUUUCAUCGAGCCUUUGUCCGCGCCUCUAGGGAGCUACGCUGCGAUUGGGCCGAGUGGGCCGGUUGGUUGCAAUGCGUUGUCGUGCGAGAGCUCGUCGAAUGAUGGGCUGACGUGGCUUGGGCACAUUCCGAGGACGUUGCCGGGCUUCAUGGAGCAGAGACCGUCUAGCUGA